CCGUUCAGACCGAAGACCGAUUUAAAGCUAAGCCGAAGUCUGCUGGCCGAUAUCUCGAGCCGGGCCGAUUUUCUCGCCAGUUUUCCCGUGAUUGCCGCUGAAAUUGAAGGUGCACCACGCGCUACGGAUAAAAACUGACAGGAGAGUUUAAGAAAUAUCUUCAAACCACCAAAGAUGAUGCUGAAAAUGUAUUUCCUGAUUAUUCUAAUACUGGAUCUGUGGGCACUGUUAUUUAAAAUAUUUUAUGCUACUAUAAUUGCAUUAUACAGAAUAUUUAGACCUCCUCCAUUGAAAGAUCUUACGUCCGAAGUUGCAAUGGUUGUCGGAGCAGGCCAAGGUAUAGGUAGAGAAAUGGCAAUUCAUUUGUGUAAACUUCAUGUUAAGGUUGCUUGUAUCGACAUUAACAAAGACGAUUGUAAUACUACCGUACAGUUGGCUCUAUCUCAAUUAAUAGGAAUUGCUAGAGUGUACAUUUGCAAUAUAACAGAUGAGAAUGAGGUAGCUCGUGUAGUGAAUGCUAUUCAAGUAGACUUAGGUGACGUUACAAUGCUUUUCCAUUGCUGCAGUAUACCAAGUCCUAAAGUAUUAUGUAUGGGACAUCAGCCUGUCCCUAAAAUAAAACAUACAAUUAAUCGGACGAUUUUAAGUCAUUUCUGGUUAUUGGAUAAGGUUUUACCAUCUAUGGCACGUGCAGGUAGAGGACAUAUAGUAGUUCUGUCAUCAGUGGCUGGCCUUUUUCAUACUACCCCAGGAAGAAGCAGAAUUCCUUUAUCUGCUGCACAAUUUGCAGUUCAAGGAUUAGCUAAAUCGAUACAUACUGAAGCCAGACAUUCAAAUACUAAUAUUACAGUUACUCUAGUUCAUGUUUAUCCAUUCAUUGUGGGCGCAGAAGUAAAAAGAGAUAUCCGUUUUAGAAUACCGAGUUUCUUUGGCACAGUGUCCGCCAAAGAAGCAGCUAAACAAAUUUUAGAUGGAGUUCGUCGGAAUUAUUUGGAAUUUAGUGUGCCUGGAUAUAUUUUUUACUUGAGCAAUAUUUCUAGAAUAUUUCCAAAAGAGGUAUUAUUUCUGGUGCGUGAUUUUCUAGACACUGGUGUUGAUUUUGGGUAAUAUUUAAUUUUUUCAAUCAAAUAUGAGAAUAUAUUUUUAUUAUAACAUUUUUACAAUAUUAGCUAUAAUAUAUGUUGCAAGAUAUUGCGUAAGAAAUUUUUUUUUAUAACGAGAAACGAAUAUUUUAUUUAGUUUUUAUUUGAUUUAUAAAAUAUUUCUCGAUAUAUAUACUUGACUUGUAACUUGUUUCAUAGUUUGGUACAAAAUUUUACAUAUAUUUUUACUUUAUUUUUACAUAUUCUUAUAUUUAUAUAAAACGAAAUACGUUAGUUAUUAAAUAAAUAAUUAUAUGAGCCGCUAUAUAUAAGAUAUUGUGUAUUUGUAGCAUAACUGAAGCAUCAAGUAAUAUUUAAAAUAGAUUUUAUACUUACGUUUUGCGUACAAUACAUAUGUAAAUACAAGAUGUAAAAUGAAUAAAAUCUGUAUUAGACAAGUGCUAUUCACAGUGUAAAAAUAAGUUAUGUACACGGUAUUGGUAUUAUGACGAAUAGCAAAAUAUACAGGAAACUAUAGUCCAGUUUUUAAUAUUGUACAUAAUUUAUAUAUACACAAGUUUGUAGCUACGUAUUAUUUUCUGAA